GAGAUGGACAAGUGUGUGUAAGCAGAGUGUGUGAGUGCGAUGCACCGGGGAUCCUGAGUCUGGAGGAGAGCCGUGCGAUGAGAGGGGGCUCUUCUGCCUGUGGAUGUAUGUGCCUGGACAGCGUUAUUUGCAGGCGAGUGUAUGUGCGUGUGUGUGAGACACAGUGAGUGCGGGCAUGCCAGCGUGCAUGUGUGCAUGUGUAACAGUGUCGUCGAUCAGCAACGGGCUCUUCGCAUUAUACAGCCAACGGUGCUCAUCACACUUUGAGGACUGACUCAUCUAGACCAGACUGUGGAGACAGAGGAACGAAAGAAGGGGGGGAAAGACAAAUGGAUAGAAAGACAGGAGGACAGUUUUAGACUCUUGAUUCAUUGGGUCCCUCUUGACCAUCCAAGGGUCUAGUCCAUUUGUGGAAUGCCAGUAGCCCCCCUUUGUCUCCCUACAAUUUGGAAUUGCAGACACAGCCAGACAGGUAUCUAAGAUUACCAAAAAAAAAAAAAAAAAACCUGAAAGGAAAAUAAAUCCCCAACCGUCGUGUGACUUGAAGGAAGAUUUUCACUUCACAUCAGCUCCACGGACUAGGACAAAAGGGUCUCCUGUCUGCGUGUUCUUAUUUGCUUGACAUCGUUCUUUUUGGGGGGGAGGUGGGGUUGUUGCAGGAUCCUAUCCCAAAGCCAGGGGGGUGGGGUGAGACAUAAGAGGCUGGCAGUCAAGACGGGACAGACGCAGGCAUGGCUCGCCUCAACUGGUGCCUGGCUGCCGUCAUCAGCUGGGGCAAGUUCCUCUUCGCCUGCUUCUUUCCUCUGAAGGGGGCCAAACGAGACAAGCCUGAUGAGCUGGAGGGCGUCCACACACACACCUUCAAGUUGAAGCCAUUCAAGAAGGCCAAGAGUUGUGAUAUAUGCAAGCAAGCCAUCACCAAGGAGGGCCUCAUCUGCAAAGUGUGUCGGUUGUCCUGCCAUAAGAAAUGUGAAGUAAAGUGUCUGGUUACUACAAAUGGCUUUUUCAAGGGGGAUUUUGAGGUGAUCACAGCAUGUCAAACUACUACUACCAACUAUGAGCUGCCUCCUACUCCUCAGCUGCCAUUAAAGCAUGUAGAUACACCGGGAUCUACAAGAUCCUGCAAGAGCGUGGAGAUAAGGCGAAAGCAGUCACGGAGUCAGAGUGUGGUUCAGGCCAUGGAGGACAACUAUGAGGUGGACUUGGUCUACAUCACAGAGAGGAUCAUCUCUGUCUCCUUCCCCGCUGGUGCCGAGGAGCACAGUUACACCACCAACCUCAAGGAGGUGGCAACAAUGCUGCGAUCCAAACACAGUGAAAAUUAUCUGAUGCUCAACCUGAGCGAGUGGAGAAAUGACUUAUCAAAGUUAAACCACAAGGUUCUUGAGUUCGGCUGGCCAGACCAUCAUGCACCAGCACUGGACAAGAUCUGCAGCAUGUGCAAGGCCAUCGAUACAUGGCUCAAUGGAGACCCACGCAAUGUGGUGGUACUACACAACAAGGGGAACCGCGGUCGAACAGGAGUGGUGGUGGCUGCAUAUAUGCACUACAGUAACAUAUCCGCAAGUGCUGACCAAGCAUUGGACAGGUUUGCCAUGAGGCGCUUUUACGAGGACAAAGCACUUCCAGUGGGUCAGCCAUCACAGAAAAGAUAUGUACACUACUUCAAUGGCCUUCUAUCCGGACACAUAAAAAUCAACAACAAGCCUCUGUUCCUGCAUCAUGUCAUCAUGCAUGGCAUACCCAACUUUGAAUCCAAAGGAGGCUGCCGUCCUUUCCUGAAGAUCUACCAGGCAAUGCAACCAGUCUAUACGUCAGGAAUAUACAAUGUGCAAGGAGAUAGCAACACCAGUAUCUGUAUCACCAUUGAACCUGGACUGCUUCUAAAGGGAGACAUUUUGCUAAAGUGUUAUCACAAGAGGUACAGAAAUCCGACCAGAGAUGUGGUGUUCAGAGUGCAAUUCCACACUUGUGCCAUUCACGACCUUGGCGUGGUUUUUGGGAAGAAUGAGUUAGAUGAGACAUUCAAAGAUGAGAGGUUCCCAGAGUAUGGGAAGGUGGAGUUUGUUUUCUCAUAUGGACCAGAAAAAAUCAAAGGCCUGGGCCACCUGGAGAAUGGGCCAAGUGUUUCUGUGGACUACAACACCCAGGACCCUCUGAUCCGCUGGGACUCAUACGACAACUUUAGCCAUCGCUGUGAAGACAUUGCAGACAGUGAGCACGAUGUUGUUCACACUCAAGGUCCAAUCGAUGGAAGCCUAUAUGCACGGGUUCGCAAGAAAGACUCCCUGGAGGGAGUUGUCACCAUCAACGGCCUCCCAGUUCGCGAAAACCCCUUGACCAAUACAGAGAACCCAUUGCAGCAUGCCAACCAUCCCCUACAAACUGCCGACCACACCCUUCCUGUGACAGGCCACACCUCCCUUCCUGCUGUCGACCAUACCCUCUCAGUGAGCAGUGACUCAGGAAACUCUACCGCGUCCAUCAAGACUGAUCGUACUGAUGAGCACAGCCAGUCUGUGCAGAGUGCUGUGAGCCACAACCCAACAGCUCCUCACCCACCGCUCAGCCCACAGGAGAAAAGAGAGCUUGACCAGCUUCUGAGUGGCCUAGAGGCACCAACUCAGCGACAAGCCUACCUUUCCACAUCCACCAGUCCAGGAGGUGGAGUCCGACACCUGGUCCCAGCGCAGGUGCAUGUCAACGGGGGCCACGCCAGGCUAAUUGGCACCCCUUCAACAGGCGAGCAAGAGACAGAUAUACUCGACGACGAACUACGUAAUAGCCAAGAGGGCAACAGUGUAGACAGCUUAGGCACACUCUCAUCCCUAGAGGGUCAGGCAACGCCAGCUGACCUUUACUACCAAUCACAGACACCUGUCAGUGGGCAGACUGACGGGCCAUACCUUGAAAGAAGCGUACUUGGGGAGAAACUGAACGAUAUGCCUGUGCAUGGAGUACAAACUCCUACAGGGAUGCAAGAGAGGCCUGUGGAUUCAGCAUCGCCACAAGGGGGAUACAACAACUUUCAAAAUGGAGGAGGGAUGUACCAUUCACAGUCCUUUGGGAACCCACUUGCCAGCAGUAAUGAGAUGAACCCAAAACUGAUGCCCAGGGCCCCUGAGAGGAGCACCAGUAGCCGGGAGGCUGUUCAAAGAGGUCUCAGUGCGUGGCACCAGUAUAGCUUACCAGAUGAUCCUUUUGGCCCCCCUCUUCAGUCAACCCAUAGCCUGCCCCACUUCCCCACACCCGCCUCACAGCGAGACAUCGAGCAGUCAAUUGAGGCUCUAAACAUGCUAAUGCUCGACCUGGACCCAGUUAACUCUCACAUGUCCAAGUCCCACAGUGCACCCCCUGGGGAGAAUAACCUCAAUUCAACCCAGGUGCCCUUCUCUCAGACCCUGGCCAGGCCCUCAUACCAGGCGGACUCUGCCAUCCAUGGCUACAACAAUGCCUUUCACCAGCCCCUACAAUCAACUGGGAGAGUGUCAACUUUACCUUCCCAGAGCCCCGUUAUGGAGUCCCCAGUGUAUUCUCCCCAGAGGCUCAAUGCCGGUUACCAACACCAAAACACCACUCCAACCCAUACCCCUGAGCCCUGCUUCCACACGCACCAAGCACCCCACCACUAUCCCACAGAUUCAUCUUCUAAUUUCAACCAGCAGGCACCAAUGAAGCCUAUGAACUCGUACCCAGGCAGCGCUGUUUCACACUCCCCAGACCUGCAGGGCUCGUCUCCAUACCCAGGCUACAGUGCCUCUUCUUCUCCCCUUCCUACUCUUACCCCUCAACCCAAGGAUGCAUCAUCUUCUUCUUUGCCCAGAGAACAAGAUACAGAGGAGGAGACGCUAAAUUUGGAAGGUCUGGUGGCUCACCGUAUUGCCGAGUACAACGCUCGUAUUCGGGGCAUCAGUGAAAGCAUGACACCCCAACAAUUUGACCGCCAUCGCUCCUAUUCCUUCUCUGGAGUUCGCUCCAGAGGAAUGACCCCAGAAAUGACGCAGGAGACUGGAAGGCGUCGGACCACGAGUGAAGGCCAGUACCAGAGCAGCCAUGACAGCACCUCUGCAGUGCAUUCACCAGACUUUGCUAACAGUCUGGCCCUCAACUCUGAAGGCAUACCAAGACAGGGUACCAUGCAAACCUACCAGGAGGCCUUUAAGGAUGACGAAGCAGAUGGGUUUUCCAACAGUCUCACCUUUGGAGAUUGUGGUGAGAAUUCCCCAACGACCCCCAGCUUCCCCGUGUCACCACAGACUCCUUACUUCAACAUGUCUCGCUCCCCUCCAGGUUUGGCCAGUACUCCUCUUUCAGCGCUGGGAUUGAAGCCUCGUCAGCAGGGUGGAUCAGACUCUGAUUCUAAUGAUGGUGAGCAAGAUAGUCGCAGUUUGGGGGACUCCAGGGCACAACCACUGAGCGCUCCUUUCUCCUCAAGCAGUCCCAUCCACAGCACUGGCGAAAGGAGGGUUGGUUCUUCAGAUGGUGCCCCACACAGCCCCGCCUCCUCAUACACCCACAGACCCACCUCACCUGAGGGAUCCCAGGUCAGCAUCAUGGGCAUCCACACUGUCCCUGGCAGCCCCAACACCCUCCAUCGCACUGUGGCCACCAACACACCCCCAAGCCCUGCCCUCCAGAGACGCCUGGGUCAAGCCAGCCCCUCACUGGCCAGACACCCACCUCCAGCCAGCGUCCCAUCCAAUUCUCUGAUUGCCCGAAACCCCAAAACGGCAGCCACUGGUGUGCCUCCAAGUCCUCUCAUGGGACGACGAACAGCAGUGACUGGCCACAGCACACCUGAUGAGCUGGGUGCUGCUUCUCGCCAAGGGAGCACCCAACUGCCUCCCACACCUGCCUUCCCUGUCUCACCACAGCUGCCAGAGAAGAGACACAUGUCCAGUGGCGAUGCGGAGAGGACAGACAACAAGAACUUGAUGUCGACACCAGCCACUUGUGGCAGCACACCAAACCUGUCUGGAGCACACACACUCCCAGACGUCUCCAAGUCCAUAUAUGAUGGUUAUCCAGACAUUAAGAUGAAUGUCAAGUUUGUCCAGGACACUUCCAAGUUCUGGUACAAGCCAGACAUUUCCAGAGAGCAAGCCAUCAAUUUGUUGAAGGACAGGGAACCUGGGGCAUUCAUCAUUAGGGACAGCCAUUCUUUCCGUGGGGCCUAUGGUCUGGCCAUGAAGGUAGCAUGUCCCCCACCAACGGUUCAGCAGAACAAGAAAGUUGGUGACAUCACUAACGAACUGGUGAGGCACUUCCUGAUUGAGACAAGCCCCAAAGGCGUCCGUCUGAAGGGUUGUCCCAAUGAACCGUACUUUGGAUGUCUCUCUGCUCUGGUGUACCAACACUCGAUGACUCCACUGGCUCUGCCUUGCAAGCUGAUGAUCCCCACCAAAGACCCAAAUAAAGAGGCGCUAGAACUCGCCACACCUACUGAUCCAGUUGUUGAACUUCUUAAGCAGGGCGCAGUUCAAAAGGUUCCUGAGGAAGCCCAUGCAUGCAAUGUUCUCUACAUCAACUCUGUGGACAUGGAAUCUCUCACAGGCCCGCAGGCCAUUGCCAGGGCAAUUAGUCAAACGUUGGCAACCAACCCUUUGCCUGACGCCACCACUGUCCACUAUAAGGUGUCCACACAGGGCAUCACACUUACAGACAGUCAGAGGAAGAUUUUCUUUAGGCGACAUUAUCCCAUUAACACGGUAACCUACUGUGACAUUGAUCCCCAGGACAGAAAAUGGGGUAAAGAAGGAGGUGGCUCAGUGAAACUUUUUGGAUUUGUCGCAAGGAAACAAGGAAGCACAACAGACAAUGUCAGCCACCUGUUUGCUGAGCUGGACCCAGAUCAGCCAGCCUCUGCCAUUGUCAGCUUUGUCUCCAAACUAAUGAAGCGAUGAAACCCGUAAUGUCCAAAUGGCAGUGGUCAUUUUGCAAUCUUACUUCGUCAUUGGUGUCUUUUUGGCCAGGACUCGAUAAUAUCCUUUCUGUUUCCUGUUGGUUUCUUUCUGUUUUCCUUCUCUCUUUUUUCCUCUCUGCCUUGCUGGUUUGUCUUGACUUUGGUCUUUUUUGGAGUAGUCUCUAUUUGAAGGCUUUGGUGUGGAUUCAGAGUGGAGGUAGAGGAAGUGUGGUAAAAAUGACAACCAUGGAGACCGUUAGAGAGAGAAAAUUUAUUCACAGGCUCACCUGUGGUGAGAGGAAAUUACGAGCUAUAGAGUAAAGGAACAAUGCUAAGUUUAGUUGGGGAACAAGUAAAGACUUGUAUGUUUCAGGGUUUUGUGUUAUUUUGUUGAUUGAUUUACCAAAGGUAGUUGCAAUAAAAGUGCAAGAAUGAUGUAGCUAUUAAGACAUUAUUAUUUCCUCCUUUCAAAAGAUGAAGUGUUGAACAAAAAAAAAGAAAACAAAUCUGGGUUCUUCUUGAACUCGUCUUCGGGAAAAAAAGUCGGCCUUGAUGGCUUUUAUCAAAACAUUGUCUGAAGACAUUAUGCAUGUUAGCUUGAUCUUUAAGCUUGGUUCUUCUACCUUCCCCAGUAGUCAUUGUGAAAUCCUUAGAGUGAUCAAUUCCGGGUCUGUUGUGUGUUGGAAAGGGCUCUGCAGUGAAACGACGACUUAUCUAAACUGUGCAUAGCAGACCAGACUUAUUUAAAAAAUAAAAUCUCUACCUACUCCCCUUGCCACGCUAAGGUCAUCGCACUUUGUGUCAGUGUAGCCACACUUGCAUUACUUCUGGUUCACGCCUCUCUCCAAACAUGCUUCUUGGAUUUCUCUUGCCUGAAAUCAGCAAGCUACUGAUCGCAUGGCAGACCGAGAGAGAGGAGAGAGAGCGAGAGCAAGGAAGACUGUUUCUCCAAAAGAUGGCGCCACUUAUUCAGGCUUCGACCUCCAGAGUCACAUCCACUUGCCCAUCACCAACUGCUUGCAGUAGUGGAUCUGUUUAUAGACGCUGCCAUUGAAACACACUGGAAAUCACCAAGGACUGGCCCAAUGACGUGGACCUAUGCACUGUUCUUUAUGCAUGUUGUUGUCCAAAACUGCACCCUCCUUCAUAGCUACAUUCAACAUCACUGAAAACAUUCUAUGCUAUGUGCUAAAAACUAAGAACCUUUAGACAAGUACACUGAGAUUGUAUGACUUGUCAAAGACUGCAUGAAAUAGACAAACAUUUUUUGUACUCUUCUCUGAGUCCUAAAAAGAAGUAGAUAACCCAUUGUUGAAGUAGUCACAUGAUGGUGAGAUGCUAUAUUUGUACUUUUUUUUCUUUUAUUUUUGGUCCAUUUGAGCCAGGGUUACCUUUCACUGUAUCAAGACAGUUAAUUUCUCUUUUUUUUGUUCCACAGUGUUGUCAAAAUUGACAUUUAGAUAUCCUUAGGGAAAAUGAAAAGAAAAAGACAAAAACACGAGUUUCCACGCUGUGCACUAUGCCUGCUUCUUGAACUCAUGCUCAAUCAUUCACUAUAAGCUAAGGAAAAUUGAUAUUGAUAUAAAUGUACAUAGAUAUACUACUUUGAAAGGUGACAUAGCGAAAAAGUAUUUAUUUUUGUUGCUUUGGUCCCUCAUGAUUACUCAUAUAUACAUAUAUUGUACAGUCUAGAUAAAGAAGAUUACCUAAUGAGUUGAGAAAAAUUAUAUAUAUAGUUAUUUUGGCUAAUGAUUUCAAAAUCUGACGAUUUUGAAAUGUGUUUGAAUAUAUGGUGUACAUUACUUUGUACAUGUAUAUGUUAUUUUUCAGUUCGUCAUGUUUCUAAUUUUUUUUUGUUCUCUCAGAAUGAGGCAGGGCAUGAAUGAGAGAGAAGCCAAGAGUCUGAGUUGCAUGGACAGUCGCCAUCCGUUUGGAGGGCACUCAUCGAAGCAUUGUAGCUGGUAGAAUUUAAGAUUAAAGGUGUGAUUUUAGAGACAAAAAAAAGGGAAGCACGUUAAAGUUCAAAAGCCAACCUCAAAUGCAAUAUGACAACAGCUGUAUGCACCCAUGACAGUUCUGAUUAUAAUUUUGCCAAAGAUUCUUACAUCUAUGCUCACUGGCUGCAUGUCACUUUUUAUAUUCAAUUUUCCUUAUUUUCGUGUGUGUGUGUUUCAUUCAGUCAUCUUGCUCAACUUUUGCAGUAAUUUCAAGAACCAACCAUUACACACAGACAUGAGUGUUCUUGGUAACUAAGGGGGCAUUUACACAGUAAGACAUUCAGGUGCAGAUGACGAAAGCGCUUUUUUGGAUUUGUUUUUACUGGUGUUACCAAAAUGUGUCAAACUUCUGUGCCUGCUGAGAACAGGUCUGCUGUACCCCACUGAAAGUGUGUAAACAAAGCACUUAUAUUCACAAUACCAAAAGAGGAGUGACAUAAAUUUCAAAUGGGUGUCAGCGCUAGAGGUAAAUAAAGUCAGACGUGUCUCACCGUGAUGCUAAAGCUCUACAGCUGCAGCUUUGUCAGACUGCCAAAGGUGUCUUUUCUGCGCCCCGCCCCCCCUUUCCCCUCAAGAGUCAGUGAUUUAUUUAUUCUUAUUUAUUCUUUAUUUUCCUGACAUAUUUUUAAAUUUAUUAUCACCAUAUUGCAGUUUUAACUGUCGAUUUUAGGAAUGUAUGGUGGUGUUUCAUUGAAAACAAAGAGGUACAGUGCAUUUAAAUUGACUACUAACAAGCUUUAUGCCAUUUAUAGUCAUUUGGAGAUAAUAAUAGAAUAAUUAACUAUUGUUUAAGUAAAAAAAAAAGAAUUAAAAACAAUCUAAAAUUGCAUUGUACCUGUUGGCUUUGAGUGAAGAGCUACCUGCUUCAGUGGGAAAAAAUAAAUAUAGAUUCUGUGACCCGUUGUACAGAUGGGAUUUGUGUGUUGUAUGAAUCUUCUACUGUGGAUGUACAAAAGGGUCUCAGAUUCUGUUUGCGCUUAUCAUUUACAUGGUAUUGUCAUGGCUUACCUGUUCCUAAGGAGAAAAAAACAUUAAAGCAAUACAGAUCAGUUACAUUAAA